AUGAAUCAAAGAGAAUAAUAGUAAUUCAAUAAUAUUUAGGAGAGAGUGUAAGAAAUAAAAAAAAAGAUUCAAAAGCCUUAAUUCCAAUAACUUUACUCCCCUAAAUAUUUGAGAGAAGGUAUUAUUUAAUAGAAUCUCAAUUUUAUGAACUUAAAAUUUAUGCCAUUUCCUUAAUGGUUUACCAAAAAUAUAAAAGUAAUUAAACCAAAAAAUUGGUUUGAUGAUAUACCUAUUUUAGUAGGAGUGGAUGAAAUUAAAGAAUCAGAGUAAAUAUAUUAUUAGCAAAAGUAGAAUAUGCUCUAUAUGUUUAUAAGAGAUUAAUGAAAGAAAAUUAAUUAAAAUCCUAAAAUGUAAUCAUUAUUUCCAUGAUGAUUGUAUAAAAGAAUGGGUUUUAAGAAAAGCAGAGUGUCCUACUUGUAGAGACAAUAUUCAUUGA